CUUGUUUGUAACCUCCCACUCUUAUAUCUAAUGCACCUGACAUGCACAAGUGGUUCACUUUGCCACUGAACAAAGAUGCAUGAAGAUCAGAGUAUAAAGAUGCAUGAAGAUCAGAGUACAAAGCGGUGUGACAGGCAAGCCUGGGACGCUGCUCGGGAAACACCUAUUAUAGCAGAUGAGCAAAAACCUCGCAAAUCACUCAGCUGCAUCCAAUUCAUCACAUGUACUAUUGUGGGAAUUUUGGUGUUUGGGCUCGCCUUCUUAAGCAAAACAUCCCUGUUGCUACUGAUCAACCUCUGCAGCCAAGCAUCAACUACUAUAGAAACCAAACCGUACGCUCUCCUCUUCCUUGGAUGCCUUCUAAUCGCUCCAAGUGUUUUACUGCUGAUCAAAAGCCUUUGGAAAAUUACUUUUAAGGAUUCCAAAACCCCUUCGACACAGACUUUUCUAUGGAUUAUUUCUGUGGAAGCUUUGGUGGCUCUUGGAUCUUCCGUCCUUACCCUGGUCACAAUGCCCCAAUUUGACAUCCUGACCAACGUAAUGCUUCUGAACGGCAUUGCCACGUUAUCAGCCGUGCUGCAGGUGGUGGCGAACGCAGUCGCGCACGGAAGGAGGAGAUUUAUUGCGACAUCUUUAGCUGCUGUCAUCUUCCUAAUUACAGGUUUUUGCCUCUUCACUGUUAACUACAUGGAACAGCAACCUGAUAAACAGAGCAUGGCACUAUUUGUGGGUUUGGCCAUAGGAGGGACUUUCCUGGUCUCUUUGAACUGGUGGGAGAACUACGCCAUGCUUUUCAGAAUCGUCUUCUUCCAGAACACAAUCCGAGACAUCAAAAGGUCCCACAACUUCGUGAACAUUGUGGCUAGUUUGGUGCGAAUCAUCGUGACAUCCUCUGUCCUUGGAGCGUAUGUGCCGCUCUCAAAGCAGGAGUGGUCAUCAGUGCUGUCGGUCACAAGCUUAACUAAAACCCUUGUCUUGAGCCUCUUUGCUAUUCAGGUGAUAGCUUCAGUUUUGUGUCGCUACAUGGCCGUGGUUGCUUGCAAAAUGCAUUCCGUGCGCCGCAGCUUCUUCCUUCCAAUGAUCUUCACAUCUCCGGCCACUUUGGGUGCCUUCGUGCUGGCCAUCUGGAUUCCCUUUCUGAACGUCAAUCAACAGAACAAAAUCUCAUUUUUUGAAUACUGUAGCACCAUUCAGACCAUAGAAGGCUCAGGGCCGAGCGCCUUGAAGCUGAUGCUGAAGGAUUUAACUCGUAACUUGUGCCACCACAUGUCAUACAAGGAGACUUCAUUGGGUUUUGGUCUGCUUGGAUCGUCUUUAAUAAGCUGGUGGAUCGGCCUUGUGCUCUGCACGCUCUAUAUCUGGUUCUUGAACACAGAACGCAUUGCCAGGACUAAAGACCUGUUUGUGCGCAACCUUUACGAAGCAGCGUUCAUUGACCAGUCCAUGCUUUUGAACUCCAAGUUCGAGAUUUCUCUUCAGUCAAGGCUUAACAGGGAAAAGGAAAAGGUGACUAUCUAUCUCUGUGCAACCAUGUGGCAUGAGACUGCAGAUGAAAUGUUGAAGAUGAUCAUCUCAAUGUUCAGACUGGACAAAUUCCGUCCCAAGAAAAACCAAUUUAAUGAUGUUGUAUUUGAGUCUCACAUUUAUUUCGAUGAUGCUUUUCUGACCAAAGACAACAAGCGGUGUGUCAACGAGUAUGCCGAGACCCUGGCGAAAGUCAUCAGAGAGGUUUACCUCAUAUUCACCGAAGACAGCAAAAGUGUAUUCAGGGACAGAAAACCUCUUCCUGAACAGAAAAUCUUCCAGACGCCGUACGGCUGCCGUCUGCACUACACACUUCCAUAUGGCAACACACUGUUCGUUCACUUUAAGGACAAACAUAUGAUCCGCCACAAAAAGCGAUGGUCUCAGAUUAUGUACAUGUACUACCUGCUGGGCUGGAGGUUGCACAAGUGCUAUUAUCUGAAGUACAAAAACAAAGAUGGGCAUUUGCUAUCCAUUGAAGACCAACUAAAAAAAGCCAAAGAGAACACAUACAUUCUGGCUCUCGACGGAGACACAGACUUCCAGCCUUCAGCUGUUAUGCUUUUAGUGGAUCGGCUCAGGUUGUACACUGAAGUGGGAGCUGCUUGUGGCAGGAUUCAUCCCACUGGCACUGGUCCGAUGGUAUGGUAUCAGAAGUUUGAGUAUGCUGUGGGUCACUGGCUCCAGAAGACAGCGGAGCAUGUGUUCGGGUCUGUGCUGUGCAGCCCGGGGUGUUUCAGCCUGAUGCGUGCAGAAGCACUCAUGAGUGACAACGUCAUGAAGAGAUAUACAACAAAAGCAACUGAGGCGUCCCAUUAUCUACAGUAUGACCAGGGUGAAGACCGCUGGCUGUGCACACUGCUUCUGCAACAGGGAUGGCGAGUAGAAUACAACGCUGCCUCUGACUCGUACACUAACGCUCCACAGGAGUUCAAGGAGUUUUACAACCAGCGGAGGCGCUGGGGCCCAUCCACCAUGGCCAACACGCUGGACCUUCUUUCCAGUGGCAGCGUCACUGCACAGUUAAACAAGUCUAUAUCACGACCUUACAUUCUCUACCAGACUUUCUCCAUGGCCUCCUCGAUCUUAGGGCCAGCUACGGUCUGCCUCAUGAUUGCAGGAAGCCUCAAAUUUGUGCUCAGUUUAAAUGCCAACAUUGCUCUUGUGUUAGCGAUUGUUCCUCCAACAAUCUAUAUGAUUCUCUGCUACUGUCUCGGCCAUGCGAAAUCCGACUUACAAAUCAACAUUGCUGCCAUGAUGAGCAUCGUUUACGCAUUUCUGAUGACAGCAACCUUGCUAUCUAUUAUAGGGGACUUGGUAGUGCAGGGGACUUUCAUGACCCCGAGCGGCUUGUUCUUUAUCGGCAUUAUCGUCAUGUACAUUGCCACGGCUCUUCUACAUCCGCACGAGUUCCAUCUUAUCAUCUUUGGCUUCCUUUACUUCAUCUGCAUCCCCAGUGGCUACCUGCUGCUGUCAAUUUACUCCAUGGUCAACAUGAACAACGUGUCGUGGGGCACACGCGAAUCUGCCGGCCCUGGUACCGGAUCUGAGGCGAGCCUCCAGAAAAAUGUCAAGUGUCAGAAGCUGUUCAAAAUAUGUGGCUACAAUCUGGAGGUACAAGUGAACAAAGAAGAAAAAGUCAUGGAUCCAAUGCUGGAAAAUGCAUCUCAAUCCAAACCACUGAAUCCUGAAAACAAAGAGUCCACCAAACCGAAAGAAACACAAUUACCACCAGUAGUUGGGAACUUUUUUAUUCGACAGUUGACAGAGAGCUCCGGUGAAGAACUUGCACUCAUUGAGGACCACCUUAAUACGGCUGAAGAAACGUUUUGGAAGGACCUUAUUGAGCAAUACUUAAAGCCAUUAGAGACUGAUAAGAGAAAGGAGGAACAAAUCAAACAAGAUCUGAAAGAGCUACGCAACAAGGCAACUUUUGUGUUUUUCAUCUGCAAUCUCCUGUGGUUGGUGGCUACGUUCUUUCUGCAAGCUAUUGGCACUAUAGUGACCAUCAGUGUUCCAAAAGUUUAUAUCAAUGGAACUGUUGACGAGAACGCGAAGCUUUAUAUCGAUCCUAUUGGAUUGAUGUUCCUCAUCAGUUUUGCUGGCCUUAUUAUUGUCCAGUUUUUAGCUAUGCUGUGGCACAGAAUCCAGACUUUAAUCCACUUCAUUGCUUACACUGGGACCGAGGCCGUGGUUAACAGGAAUUUGCGGAAACAGUCUGUAGCUGUGGUCAAUCAAAUAAUUGAAGAAAAUAAUUUUCUUUAAGAGAAGAAGUGGAGUUGAUGUAAAACCUACGAGUUGGAUGACGGGAAAAUCUGCAGCAACACACAAACCUGGCAAAGCAAAGAAACCUGAAGAUUAGUGAAAAACCUUUUUGCUUUAAAACAGUAUAAACCUUAUGAAAUAUUGAAUAUAUUGGAGAAUAAGGGGAAUGCAAUACCUACUUAUUGAGAUUAAAUGGGUUGUGCAUUGUGCUGUUAAGACUUUUGUUUCAAAUUGCUUACAAAUCUUUGUUAGUAUUCUUUCACUGUAUUAUUAUUAUUAUUAUUAUUUGGUUUUUUUUUUAGUAUUUUAUCAGAACAAUAACAUUUUUAGCAUUUGAUUCAUGCUCUUUAGUUGUUUUAAUAUUGAAACUGUGCAAUUUCUCCAUUCAACAAUCUACAUACAUAAACAGAAUGUCUUUAAUUUCGAUUUAAUUUGAACAUGAGUUUGCCCAUUUUGCUCCUGUGUUAAGGUUUGUGUGCAAAAAUGUGAGAUAUAAUAUAACUGUAACAGUAACUGCACUAAAGUAUUUAUAUAUAUUGUAUUUAUAUAUAUGUAUAUUUUCCUGUGUUUAUUCUUUGUUUUAUUGAAAUCGAACAAUUUUAGACUUAUUUAAUUAUAAUUUCAAGUUUACUCCUUACAUUUAAUUAGACUUCAACAUACUUUCUUACGAAGGUCUCUUCUUUUCAUGUCUAUCAAAUGAAUGUAUGCUGCAUGUUAAAUGGCCUCAGUUUAGCAUCCGAACAAGUUUAUCCAUGUAAAAUAAAAAAACGCAAGCAUCGUCAUCGGUUAUGACCUUCACAUGCAACGCACCAUAGUGGUGCAAAUGGUUUUGGAACAGUUAAGGUCAUGGGGUUUAAGACCUGCCAAUCCUAAGAUGCCAUGGUUGGGCCCUUGAGCAAGGCCCUUAACCAGGGUCUGACCCUAGAACUGUCUCUGUGUUUCUCGAACUCGAAGGCAGCUAUAAUUCUAAAUGAAGAAAGGCUCACCUGUAUUCAAUUUCAUUGUGUUUGAAGUUGUACAAUAAAACGAACUAUUAAACCAAAA